AUGCCUGAACCCAAGUUCCUGCCAUUGGCCAAGUUGACAGUGGCCACGUCUGCUCAGGAAUCCAACUGGUGGCUUGCCAUACAAGAAACUUUGAAUGAUGAAACAGAAGAAAUGUGUCUACCUGUUAUUGAUCAUCGACCUUCUGAUCAAUGUGAUAACUACAGCAGUACUCACAAAGGGAUUAAAAAUAUCUCAGAAUGUACUACAAAUAUAUCAUGGGAACAUUGGGAGAAUGGACAGAUGGGUGUGGAUAAAGGAGAAUUUAAUUACAGCGCACAUAACUUUCCAAAUGAAAUUUGGAUAGUACGGGAGAACUGGGAAAUUGCAGUGAAGAUUCUUUUUGUCAUCCCAAUAGUGAUUUUUGGCAUUAUAGGGAAUGUAGCAAUCAUUAACAUUGUUAUGAGAAAUACAUUUCUGCGCUCACCAACUAACAUGUUAUUGGCAAACAUGGCUGCUGCAGAUGCUCUUACACUUCUUAUUUGCCCACCUAUGUUCCUUGUGUCAGAUUUAUUCCAAAACUAUGUUCUUGGUAAAGGUGGCUGUAAAACUGAAGGCUUCUUUUCAUGUGCAUUUCUACUAACAGCUGUUUUGAAUCUUUGUAUUGUGAGUUAUGACCGCCUCACAGCAAUUACAUUGCCACCAGAAGCAAAAUUAACUCACAAUGCAACAAAAGUUAUCAUGGCAGUCACCUGGGCAUCUGGAUUCUUGAUAGCACUACCUCUCAUAAUUUUCAGAAACUAUAAGGAACGCCAAUGGAAGAACUUCCGUGAGCAGUACUGCACUGAAGACACUACAGUGCUUCCUGUAUAUUGGUAUAUCAUACUAAUAUUACUGGUAUGGUUUCCACUGAGUGUAACUACAAUGUCAUACACAACUAUAUUUUUGAAGCUUGAUUACUAUGAGAAAAAACUGCAGAGAACACAUCAAAAAGUAUUUGUCAGCUACAAAACAAAAGUAGCUCGAACUAUGUUCAUUAUUUUAGUAGUCUUUGUGAUAUGCAGAGGUCCUUACACUGCUCUUAUAUUUGAAAGAUAUGUCUGGCAAGCACUAAGUCAAAUGAAUCAAGUGACAGAGAGUUUUCACGAGUUCUGGUUUGCAGCAAAAUAUUUUCUGUAUGUCAAUGCUGCUAUCAAUCCACUGAUAUACGGAUUCACAAAUGAAAGCUUCCGCCGGGCAUUCCGCACGUUACCGGUGUCCAGAUGGGUUUUUGAUAAGCAAUUAUGGAAAAUCCAGAAUAUAAGAUAA